AUGCUCCAGAGCCCGCUGAAAUACUUCACCGGCGGAUAUGGCUCGUACGCGACGGCCACCGUGCACAAGGGCGCCUUGUGCCAAGUCGUCGACUUGAUCGACUUCUUUUUCGUGGCGCAUCCGGCCAGCGGCCGGCGCGAGGGCGAGGAGCACAAGCGCGUCAUGUACUUCUACACGCAGCCAGGCGCACCGCCCGAUUUGAAUCGACAAACUGAAGUCACCGGUUUCGCUGAAGCGAUCGUCAAUUUUAUGAACGAUUUUACAGAUGCGUCGUUGAUCCCAGAAGAGGAAUUCCCGUAUCGUGACGUAGUGACGGAGAAGACGGCCCAGGUCUAUGUACAGGUGGAAAACUGCGAAUUUUUGAUUGGAAUCGCAUUCGACAAGAAAUCGUGUAAAGAUUUUGAGUACACGAUAUUCAUGCCGACGUUGAGGGCAAUAUUACUGGAAGCUUAUCGGAUGUUCAAACUUUUCUUUGGUCCGUUUGUCGACUUCCGGAACAGCGACGAGCAGCUCUUCCGGCAGCGUCUCGAAUACUUCUUCGGACGCUACUUCUAUCAGCUCCGCCUCUUCAACAUGCCACUCCUCAACUAUUUCAUAGGCGUCGAUUUCCAGCCAUUGCCAGGCCCAAACUUCCUCUGCAUCGACACGCUCAUCACCGAGACGAAAGAGGCGUUCCCGUGCGUGUCGAAGGCGCUGUUCCUCUACCAGGACAAGCUGUUGUAUUACACUGUAAAUAAGGCCGAUCUGCCCUGUUUAUAUAGGUACCUCACAGAAAAUCUGCUCCCAAUGUCGUUGAGGGCUGAGCUGGAGCCGAACGCUACCAGAAGCCAAGGCGGAAAAUUCCUCACGGGCCCCACCGAUCUCCAGACUGAUGACCCCGUUCCGGCAGAAAAUUCCCCACCCACCGUCUUUCUUACGUCACAGGACGGUACCUCCUAUGAGGAGCACAAAUUGCUGGUUUAUCGCUCCCUGAACGCCACGGUGUGUCUUUUCAUUAAUGUGGAUGUGACGCGACAAAUGAUGCGGAAUAUCGACGGAUUUUUGGGGGCCGAGCUGAAGAAGUUGGCAAGUCAAAUCGGGGAAGCGAUCACGAGCGAGAUCAGUGAGCUCCGAGUCUCAGACUUCCACUUCCUCUACUUCAACCCCUCUUCCCUAUCCCUACGUACCUCCUUCAACCAGUCCCCCUUGAUCGGGAUGAGUUCGUUGGGGUUAAACCCAAGUGCCAGCCAGCUCCUCCCUCCCGUCCCGCAGCAAGUCUAUAGAAUCGUGUGCGAGACGUACGACCGGCUUUUGGAUUCGUCGGAAGACUUCGGGGAGUGUAUCGUCAAGGAUAGUGCGGAUUGGUGGAUUGUCAUCAAGAAGGUCAACGACCGGAUCCUCAUCAUCCUCCUCCCGCCCUCUGCCAACCUGCCCACGCUGCAAGACGCGUACACGCGUGUCAGCGAGAUCAUUAAGUCACGAUUUCAGGGAAUCUUCUUGCUG